UCAGUAUUCCACGUGCUACUGUGAAAUCUCUCGUCAAUUCGUUUCUCAGUAUCAUCCCCACAUUUCCUUCCCUUACUUCAAUGCCAUUUCUCUUCCUUCUUCCCCUGUCUUCUUCUUCUUCUUCUUCCUCCUCCAUUUCCUCUUCUUCCCUUACGUCUCAUUCCACUUCUUUUCUUCACUCACUAUCAUGAAGAUUGACUCCUUCAAACCCUCUCUCCCUCCACCCCCAGCCGCCGCCGCCGCCGCCAAGGUUGGCGUUGGUCUCGACGACGACAUAUCCGACGGAAUGCAAUGCACUGACCAUCCUUACCGCACCAAUCCCGGCGGUAUCUGUGCCUUCUGUCUUCAAGCAAAGCUCGGCAAGCUCGUUUCCUCUUCUCUCCCUCUUCCCAUUCGCGGUUCGUCUUCUUCUCCUUCUUCUCCUUCUCUUGGAUCUGACAGCAAUAGUAGCAAUAAUGUUAAUGGUAGUGUUCCGUCGAACGCUGGUUCUAUUUCGAAAACUGUUAAUUUCAAUGUUAAUGGAGUUGUUGAUUGUCAUUUUCAUCAUGAUAAUACUACCAAGCGGGCCCGGAUCCCUUUUUUGUUAGCUAAAAAGAAGAAGAAAGUUGUUAUGGUUGGGGGGGCUGAUUAUAAUCGGAGUAAUGACGUCGUUUUUAAGAGGAGUAAGUCUACCACGGCGCCGAGGAGAGGGCAGUUUCUUGUUGAUGGUGACGAUGGUGUCGAUUUUAGCCCUAGGAAGCACCGAGGGGGGUUUUGGUCUUUUUUGUAUUAUCACGCGCCGUCGUCUUCGAAAUCUCACGCGCCGAGGAAAGUGGAGAGAGUUGCUACUAGUGGCGUUGGUGGGAAUUUGGGGGUGAACGAUACGAUUUUAGAGGAAGAUGAAAGCCCUAAUGGCAAUACCACGUCGUUUGAGCGGAAGGUUUCGAGAUCUAGAUCCGUCGGCUGCGGUAGUCGGAGCUUUUCCGGUGAUUUUUUCGAGAGAAUCUCUACUGGUUUUGGUGACUGUACGCUCCGUCGAGUUGAGUCUCAGAGAGAAAGCAAGUCGUCGAAAGUCUCUACUAAUGGAAACUCCAGCAGCCACCGUAAUGGCGCCGGCGUCGACCAUCAUUGUAUUAAAGAAAGAGUAAAAUGCGGUGGUUUGUUCAGUGGAUUCAUGAUGACUUCAUCUUCUUCUUCGUCAUCUUCCUCAUCUUACUUAGUUUCAUCAUCUUCCGCUGACGAACUCACCCGUAAACCAACUCCGGUAGUAGGGCCAGUAAUAAGCGGUGGGCGUAGCAGGACAUGGACGUGGGCAUUUGCAAGUCCGAUGAGAGCUUUUAAACCGUCAAAUUCGAAGGAUAGGAAACGUUCUAUAAUCAGACAAGCUACAGAAAGCAACCCAUCACCGGAUUUGAACGCUAUUCCUUCAUUGUUAACCGUUAGAAGCUGAAAAAACAACAACAAAACACUCUGUUUCCGUUGGAUGAAGAUCAAAAAAGGGAGGAAUCAUGAAGGAAGAUGCAAAGCAACUUAUCAAACACAAGGUGCGUUUAAGCACAGUGGAUUUCUUCACUUCUCACCGUACAAAUCAAAAACAUAAAAAAGAAAAAAAAAAGAAUAUAAUGAAUGAAUCUUUUUGAGAAGAUGGAAAUUUGCUUUGUGUUUUUAUGUAAUAUCAAAUUUGUAAUUUGUGAAUGUUGAAUGUAAUGUGUUUUAUGUUUGAUGUUCUUUUGAAGAAUAAGAAAUGGUUGAAUUUUCACAAAAUAAUCACAUGAUGGCACGUGCAUGAUAAUGGAAUAGACAGCUAGUUUUAA